AUGUUGAUGCACUUCCCUCCUCAACUGCCAGACCGGAUGGAAAGGUUCUAUGUGCAAUAUAUUGAGGAUUGGGCGCUGUGCAAUGGAUUGUGUAUGCGUGAUAUUGACAACUCGCACGCGGUGCACGCCCCGGUGACGAUGUUCCCCACGCCAUUCUCGAAAUCCGGGUUUGAAGAGGCACUGAGGAUUCAGUGUGCGUUUAACGAAUUGUACUUCCAUGCUGCCACCCACGAGGAAUGGCUUUUGGGGCACCUUGAAGAGGCAGCAAAGCACGACGACUUCACUGCCAAGCUAAUCCAGAUCCACAAAGCGGCCAAAGCUGGUCAGACUCAACGGCUGACUGGUGGCCUUUGGCGCUCUGACUACAUUGUGAACGGCUCUAGAACGUCGCUCGAAGGACGCCAGGUGAAGCAGGUCGAGUUCAAUACGGUUUCUGUUUCUUUUGGUGCGCUUGCGUCCAAGGUUGCCGACAUGCACGAGUUUUUGAGCCAUGCUUCGCGGUCCUGGACUGGUCACGGCGAGGUGCCUCGAAACACUGCUCUCAAGGACCUCGCCCGUGGUCUUGCAAACAUGCAUGCCGGCUAUAAAGUUGCCGAGAUUCAGCACCGCCAGGCAACCCACCAGACUAGCACAUCGGCAAUUGAAGAUGAAGACGACGCCAGCAUCAUGGACGACCCUGUGGUGCUGUUUAUUGUACAGCCUGAUGAGACAAAUGUGAUGGAUCAGCGACUCAUUGAGUUUGAGCUAGUCAAAGAGCAUGACAUUGUGUCGUAUAGAAUUUCCUUGGCUGAAGUCCCCGACUUUGUCGUUCGCACGAAUGAUAACCGUCUGCUUCACAAUCCCAGCGGUCGUGAGAUUGCUGUUGUUUAUUAUCGCGCUGGCUACGCACCUUCCGACUACCCAACUGACGUUGAGUGGAACGCCCGUGAGAUGCUGGAGUCCUCCCAUGCAGUCAAUUGUCCCUCCACCUUGACCCAGCUUGCUGGGGCUAAGAAGAUCCAGCAAGUCCUCACGGACAGAUCUGUAUUGACUAAAAUUGCGCCAUCUCUUAGUUCUGACACCGUCGAUCGUCUGAUGAAGACUUUCGUCAAAAUUUACCCCAUGGAUGAUAGCCCCGAAGGAGAGCAGGGUCGUUACUACGCUUUGCGAGAGCCUGACCAUUUUGUACUCAAGCCCCAACGCGAAGGCGGAGGCAACAAUAUUUAUGGUGAAGAUAUUCCCGAGUUUUUGCAGUCGAUUCCAACCGAAUCGUGGGCUGCGUAUAUAUUGAUGGAGCUGAUCGAGCCGCCCAAGAUCACAAACCGGAUUCUGAGGGCGGGAAAACUUCAAAGCGGAAGAGUAGUUAAUGAGCUCGGUGUCUUUGGUACCGUUAUGUGGGACCGCGACCAUAACGAGCUGCUGAUGAAUGAGCAGGCGGGGUGGCUAUUGCGUACUAAACUACAAGAUUCUCAUGAGGGCGGUGUGGCUGCUGGCUUUGGCUGUCUUGACAGCAUUCAAUUGAUGGGUCCGUUGAAAGAUGAUAACUAA